AUGGCCACGUUCGCGCUCAUAGCACACUGGAUGGCCUGCAUAUGGUACGCAAUCGGAAACGCAGGAGCGACCGAUGCUUCCGGCCAGAAUAGGCUGGUUAGACGUUUUGGCCAACGAUACUCAACAGUAUUAUUACCCAAAUAACACCGGAGGACCGAGUAUACGUAGCAGAUACGUCACGGCCCUCUACUUUUACGUUUUACGUCGCUAACUAGUGUGGGGUUUGGAAAUGUCGCGCCCAAUAACCGAUUGCUGAGAAGAUUUUUCACUAUUUUGCGUCAUGCUGGCUGGAUCUUUGAUGUACGCCAGCAUCUUCGGUAAUGUUUCGGCGAUCAUCCAACGAUUGUAUUUCGGGCACCGCUAGGUACCACACGCAAAUGUUAAGGGUGAGGGAGUUUUAUCCCGGUUUCAUCAAAUUCCUAACCCGCUAAGGGCAGCGUUUAGAGGAGUAUUUUUCAGCACGCUUGGACGUAUACGAAUGGCAUCGAUAUGAAUUCCGUUCUGAAGGGGUUUUCCGGAAUGCCUGCAGGCCGAUAUUUGUCUGCAUCUGAAUAGGAAUUUGUUGCAGAAUUGUAGUGUGUUCGAUGGUGCCAGUCCGGGUUGCUUAAGAGCUCUAUCUUUAAAAGUUCAAAACGACUCACGCGCCGCCAGGUGACACUUUGGUGCAUCGCGGAGACGUCUUGACUUGUCUUUAUUUCAUAUCAAGAGGUUCCAUAGAGAUAUUAAGAGAUGAUAUUGUUAUGGCCUAUUUUAGGUAAAUACGAUAUUUUCGGUGAGGAAUCCAUGUUUACAUCCCACAUUGGGAAAAAUCUGGUUGUAAUGUUCGAGCGCUGACUUACUGUGAUCUUCAUAAAAUCCAUAGAGAUGAUUUGUUAGACGUAUUGGAACUGUAUCCUGAGUUCUACACACAUUUUUUGAAUAAUUUAGAAAUUACGUUUAAUUUAAGAGAUGAUGAGCAAGCCGGAGUUGUUCCUAGGCGAUCCUUUUAUCCAAAAGAUAAAGAAACUCGCUAUUUUAGAGGCGUGCCAUCAGCGAGAUCCAACGGUUUGUCUAGUCGGGGAAAUUCCGUGAACGGUCGACAGGAGUCGCAAUACAGCGACGAAUCCGAGUCAGGACACGGUAUUUUAGAAUUUUCAACAGAAAAAGCCGGCCAAGACGUGACUCCAUUAAAUUUGGAUUUCGGCGAAGAAAAAAGAAGAUCGUCAACAUUGAAUUCCAUAACAGGCAUGCUAUCUCAACUCAAACGAAGUAUUCCAGACCUAAGGUUACACAAAACACACCAACCACUUAUAGCACAGUCCACGCCUCCCUCCAGCCAUAGGAUACGCACAAUUCGAAGACAGUCUUCGAUAGGGGCGUACCACCAUCAGGAUCCCACGCCGACGACCGCGCACCAUCAGACGGCAUCCCUUCAAACGCAACAUAUUACCGGGCCGCUUUCGAGUAGUACGAGUUAUUACACGAACAGCCCCAGUCCGCCACACGUGGGGGAUGCGAAUGGUACCCAAGUACAAGAGACGCUGGUGCCGCUAGAUAGCGCCAUACACAUUCAACAUUCCACAAUGGACUCACAUUCUGACAAUUUAGUGAUAAGUAGAAGCCUCUUGGAGCAUAUCAAUAACAAAUUGGAUCAUUUGUCAAAGCGAGUGACUUCGCUCGAAUCCACUUUAGCGACGGACGUCAAGACGAUAUUAUCGCUCUUGCAGGCGCAUCAACAACCUAGUAGUAGCGAAGUUUCGACUGUUAAACAAGAGAUGCCUGAGUAUGAAAAUUUAGCAAUAGAUCCUUGUAGAACUAGAUAUACAUUUCAAAGAUCAGUUAGUGAACCUAAACCGAUUUCAAGAAAUCAUUCCCAAGUUCUUCAUAGGUUUGCGUCGUUUAAUAAAGCUUUCGAUUUCGAAAAAGGAAUUGAACCAUCAUGGGCAGAAUGUUUGUUACCAAAAGAUAAGGAAAAAGAGGAAAAAACUGCUCCUAUCGCUAAAUUAGAAUCAUUAGACGAGCUAGACCUGGAGUCUCCUUUGGGCAGUCCAAAGAAAAGUAAAAAAUAA